AUAGACGCGUUGACGUCUCCCUGCUGUCCACCAUGUCAGCCAAGAUGUGUUUAGUUGUGUUGCUGGUAGGCUUAGCUGUAUGCAGUGGCGCAAUCAUUCCGUCAAGCACUGUAGCAUCCAUUGCUAACGCUACUACGACAACGACAAAGCCACCACCAACUACGACCACAAAGGCUACAACAACGACGAGACCACCAACCACCACGACGAAACCGUCCACCACAACGACAAGACCACCAACUACGACCACAAAGGCUACAACAACGACGACAAAGGCUACAACAACGACGAAAAAGGCUACAACAACGACGAAAAAGGCUACAACAACGACGACAAAAGCUACAACAACGACGAGACCACCAACUACGACCACAAAGGCUCCAACAACAACAACUCGACCUACGCCAACGACGACGACGACACCACCUACUACUACCACCCCUGAAAUACCGACCAGCACUGUACCCAAUGUUUGCACUUACAACGGCAAGACGUACGCGGUGAGUAUAACACAUUUUUGAGUAUUUUAAUGCUCACGUACACCAAAACAAAUUUCUCAUUAACUUAAUUUAAAGCGUCAAGUUUCUUUUUAACAGCCUUCUGUCAGUGCAUUUUCAAGUGAGUAAGAACAAAAUGCAUGUGGUCCUCAGGGAACCAAAUGAAAAUGGCAAAAUUUCUUGAGAUGUUGCACUGAUGAACUUUAGCGCCAAUGAACCGAGCGUGUGUCACUGUGCCUGACAGUUACACCAAUUUGGCUCACGUAGCUGAAACUUGGCUAUUUAGACAGCAAAAACAAACUUACCGUAUACGGGAAUAUCGUAUGAGUUGAUGAUUGGUGUUUAUCACUUUGUUGAUAACAGAUCAAUGAACAGUUUUCACCUGACCCGUGCUCGUUCUGCUGGUGCAUGGAGGGAGGUGAGCACAUGUGCGCCAUGAUGUCAUGCAUGUACUGCGAGUAUGGAAACUCAGUCUACGUCCCUGGGCAGUGCUGUCCGGUCUGCCAAACGACCCCCUUCCAGCCGGUAAGGUCAGCGUGGUCAAAAAUCUUAUUGACAGUUAUCUUUUUUUUUUCCUUAAAGGUUUUCCCAUUAUUUUGUUCAACUGUUGUUUUCUUAUUUAAUACUAGCUGAUCGAUCCCUGCUUUCUCGUGAAGGUAGAGGGUCUGAACUGGUUUAUAAAUAUCAUAAAGCCUUAGUAUUAUGGCAUACCACAUAUUAUGUUCCUUCAAAAUUAAAGAGAGAUGAACAUAUAAAUAUAUAUAAAAAAGAUUAAAUUACCCUUAAUCUUCCGUGAAUACAAAUAAAAACUAUACCAAAGCUUGAGUUAUUAACAGUAUAGAGUUUAAUUAUCAUAGUCAACUUAUUUAAAGAAUAAAAAAUGUUACAUACAGAAAUAAAAUAUAUUUAAAAUUACAGCACAAAGUAAAAGAAAAGUACAAUCCUCAAACAAUAGAAAUAUUAUUUUACACACACACAUAAAGAAAAAAAUUGUGAACGUAUGUUACGUUUCGUAAAUGUUUAGGAAAAAUAGAGAAAAAAAAAUCUCUCCUAAGACAGCGACCGAUAUAUAUAUAUAUGUAUAAAUGAGUAAGUUAGAACCCUCCUGAACAUAAAUUCUAGAAAUCUGAUCGUAUUCUUUAUAAUAAAUAGAGCAUGUUUCGAACGUAAACAACCUUUUCCCAGUCGAGGGAGGGAGGGGCGAAUAAAAGGUUUGGCACCGCACAUUUAAAGGAUGAGAUCAACGAAAUUUUUUUGUUUAAAAAGGAGGGAUGGUUGAGGUGGAAGCUUUAGCUUUACUUUGAGGUGAAAUUAGAUCAAGACACAGGCUGCACUACAACAAUGGAAAUAUCCAUCUAGUAAAGGAAGCUGGCUGACGUACGUACCAGCAACAUUAUUUAUUUCAUGAAGCUACAUUUUUUUUAAAAUAUAUAAAAUAAAGACGUUUUCAAUCGUCUUUGAAGCAAGUACUAAGUAUUUUCGUAUAGUUUUUUUUUUUUUUUGUGUGUAUUUGUUCGACUGUUUAACGCGUGAUUCAAAGAAAAAACUAGGACUAAAGAAACAGAUGGCAAGAGAGUUUGCCUCAAACUUAAUUUAUUUUCUUAUGUUCCUAGUAGAUGACUCGGGCGACGCUAGCAUUAAUUAAGAUCCAGCAAUCUCAGGUCGAGUUGGUCAACAAUCGUGUGCAAAUAGAGGCUUUUUAGUCUCUUUUUGAAAAAAGACUGAUAUAAAUAUUUUAAUUUUUAGAUCAAUUACAUUUAUUGUUUUGUGGCUCAAUUUCUUUUCUAUAUUUUAAACGAGUUUAAGAUAUUGCUUUGUUAAUUGAUUCAGAAAAUUAAAGAAAACAAAAUUAAUUAAUUUAAUAAUUGUAUUUAUUUCAUCCAUGAAUCUUCAGAUUUGAAAUAAAUUUGUCAAUUAAAUUGCUUUUUUUGUUGUUGUUUUUUGUCUUUCUAAAAUGAAAAAAAAAAUUGUCUAAGCCUACAUGAGAAAUGUGUUUUCUUUUCUGGUAGCAAUUGGAAAUGGUUAUUACUUAAAAAGCAAAUCAUUAAUUAACGUAUUGUUUCAUAUUGUAACAACAGCCAAGCACUACACCUGGCUAUUGUGAAUACGAAGGAAAACAAUAUUCGGUGGGUAUUCUUCUUCAAGAUAAGUAUUUAGAGUAGGAUUUAAGACAUAAUGAUAACAACAUAUACAUCGACAAAGCUUUUUCCAAAUUCAGACCAUCAGAGCUGUUUUACUUUACCUUUACCCUUUCACUAAAGAUAGAAACUAUAUCGUUUUAUCAUUUUAUCACAACUCGAUGGAAAAUGGGAUUUAUCCAGCAAGUUUAAAGAGAUAAUAAUUUCAAAAUCUACUAUUAAAUUUUUUUUAUCAACUUUGUGCGUGUGGCAAACUAAUUAGAUCAUUAAUAACAUAAUCAUGAAUAACUUUUAAAUUUUUUACACAGAGAGACUGAGAGAGCUGAAUAGUGAUCUUAGGCACACUUAAACAUUUAAUUUCCAACAAUUAUGUUAUUUCUUAUUUUGAAUUGUCUGCCGAAGAAGGCGUUUAGCCGAAACUUAAUUUUAAUUGUUCCGUCUUUUUUUGCUAAGCUUAAACAUAUCUUGUCCUAACAUUUGUUUAAACUUUCAGGUGGGGGAGUCCUUCUCGCCAGACCCCUGCGCUUAUUGCUACUGUGCAGAGGGUGGUCGUGAACCACAAUGCGCUUAUGCUGACUGUUUUCCUUGCGAGGGAGAAGUAGUCCAAGAGCCCGGCCAGUGUUGCCCUUACUGCAUACCCUUCACGCCAAGGACACCCGAAAAGGUGACAGUCUUUCACUUUUAGCUUAGAUUUAAAUACAGAUCGAUGUCAAAGCCUAAGUGGCAACAUUUUGUUUAAAAUUUGCAGUAUUUUCAUUACAACUAGGAAAAACCCUUUGGUCAAAUCCACCACGCGGCAAUGGAUUUUCGUACUAUACUAUGGCGCCAGUUACUGAAUACACUCAAGAGGCAACUGGUCGGUCUUCAUAUAAACCUAACACUGAUAUUAAACAUAACAGAAAUUUACAAGAAAGGGGAGCAUUCCGACCCCGCCAACUAUCGUCCGAUAUCCCUCACCAGCGUGAUCUGCAAACUGUUGGAGCACAUAAUCGUAAGCACAGUCAUGAAGCAUCUUGAAAGCCAAAAUAUACUCAAUGACUGUCAAUAUGGCUUCCGAGUCAAUAGAUCAUGUGAGACCCAGCUUCUCGAAUUUGUAGAAGACCUGAUGACCAAUCUGGAGAACAACAAGCAGACUGACGUGCUAGUAAUGGACUUCGCAAAAGCAUUUGACCGGGUGAAUCAUAGUUUGCUUCUACACAAACUCCAGAGAUUUGGGAUUCAAGGCACCACUAAAACAUGGAUCUCUAGCUUCCUCAGCCACCGACGCCAAGCAGUAGUGGUUGGAGGUACAAGCUCCUCCUUUGUCGAUGUGAAGUCAGGGGUCCCCCAGGGAUCAGUCCUGGGCCUCUGUUUGUUCCUAGCGUACAUUAAUGACCUACCCGAGAAACCGACAUCACAGGCAAGACUGUUCGCAGAUGACACAGCAGUGUAUAGGACGAUCGCCAACAGAUCUGACCAGGACCAGCUACAACAGGAUCUCAAUCUGUUAGCUGAGUGGGAGAUGAGCUGGGACAUGGAAUUUCACCCUGCCAAGUGCCAGACACUAUCAGUCUCUAGAAGUUGUACUCCUCUACACUACCAAUACAAACUGCACGGCCAUAUUCUUGAGCAAGUUUCCUCCGUAAAGUACCUGGGUGUUACCAUUCAAAGAGAGGUCCGCUGGGACGAGCAUAUUAAAGGGUUCUUAAGGCGAAAUCUAAAGAUUGGCAACUCCUGUGUGAAAGAAAGAGCAUAUAAAGCCUUUAUCCGUCCGAUUUUAGAUUAUGCAUCUUCAGUCUGGGACCCAUUUACCCAGAAGAGCAUUCACAGGUUGGAGGCGGUCCAGCGACGAGCAGCACGCUUUGUCCUAAACCGCUACAGGAAUACCUCUAGUGUUGGCAGCAUGCUAGAAACACUAGGCUGUUCACCAUUGGAGAAACGACGACGACAAUCCAGGCUCUCCAUGAUGUACAAGAUAAAUAAUGGGCUUGUGGUCCACUGUUCCAGUAUUAAACAGAAACUUGUCCCUCUCCCCCAUAGACAGCGACGAGGCCAUGACAGACAAUUCAGGCUCAUACCAGCAAGAAGCCAGUAUAGGAGCUGCUCAUUCCUGCCCAAGACAAUCAGGGACUGGAACAAUCUAUCAAAAGGAACUGUUGAGGCGACAAAUCUACACAUAUUUUUUUUUUUAACUUUAAGAUUUUAAAAAUAUUUUUAUUUAAUUGCCAUUGUAAAUUUUAAAAUUUUAACUGGCUUUCAACUACUGUUUUUUCUUCUAUACUGAUCCCAUACUGCAGCCUACCUAUUGCGUGGAAAACGGCAAGACGUAUCAAGUAAGUUUAACUAUGUAGAGGUUCAUAACUUUUUUUUUUUUUUUUUUUUUUUUUUUUUUUUUUGUAGAGAGAUAAAAUUUAAAGCAAAAAAAACAUUAUGAAUGUCUCAAUAUCCUAAUAGUGAAAACAAAUAAAUUAAUAAUCAGAUACCAUUUGUUCAAAAAUUAUUAGUAUUAUUAAAGGAGCCAGAAUGAUCAAUACAUUGAUAGGGGGAGCUCAGCAAAUAGAAGAAGAAGAAGCUAAAAAAUGUUGAACUCUCUUAUUCUUGAUAAAAUAAUUGAACUCUAAAUUUUAGUAGUUCAUGAUCCCAUUUUGAAAGUCAUUAAUAGUAGUAUUGCUUUAGAAGAAAGUUUAAAAAAAAAAAAUGUUUAAUCUGAAAAUAGAUGAACGCCACUUAAUCAAAAUUUACGUCCUUUUAAAAAGUUCGAUAUUAGUUGAUCAUUAUAUUUGGUAGAACUCAACAAUCGCAUUUUUCGUUUCUGAUUACUACUAAGAGGCGAAAUAUUUGAGAAUUAGUAUUUCGUUAUAGUUUAACGGAAUUACAAAGCGGUGGAAAAAAUGAUGUCAAUAUGCACGAGUGGUCGGCUUUCAAUCCGAUUUAGUUGAAAAAGGCAGCAGCAGUGAAAUGUAUGCUUUGUUUUAAUUUCACCAUGCGCCCUAAAUCAAGUUUGGUAUCUCAGGUUGGUGAGAGCUUUAACCCUAACCCGUGCGCCUACUGCUACUGCGCAGAGGGCGGUGAGGUUCAGUGCGCCUACGCUGGCUGUCCGUCCUGCCCCGGAGACACCGUCGACGUGCCUGGUCAGUGCUGCCCCAAGUGCUACCCAAGAGAGAUUGUAAGUUUUACUUUUUUUCAGGUCGACGCCGUCGCAAAAUUGGAGUUUUUUUUAAAUGUAGUGUUCAUUGGAGACCGUCCGAAUUUCGGCUUUGGUUUCGGCGACGAAAGUGGGCAUUUUAUGACUUUCGGCCAAGUUUCGGUUUCGGCUGAGACUGAAAAGUUAACUUUCGGCUUAAUUUCGGUUUCAGCCGAAAGAGAAAAGUUAACUUUCGGUUUUUCUUCUUUUUCGGCUGAAAUUGACUUAGAAUUUCGGCUCUCCGGCCGAAAGUGACUCAGGUUUUUGGUCAAUUAAUACUCAGCGAAAGCGAUAUUUAACAACAACUAAGCGACAUUUAAGAGCAAAUUAAGCGAUCUUUUAGAACAAACUAAACGAUCUUUAACAACAAACUAAACGAUCUUUGACAACAAAUUAAACAAUCUUUAACAACAAACUAAACGAUCUUUAACAACAAACUAAACGAUCUUUAACAACAAACUAAACGAUCUUUGACAACAAACUAAACAAUCGUUAUGUACAAACUAAACGAUCUUUAACAACAAACUAAACGAUAUUAACAACAAACUAAACGAUUUUUAACACCAAACUAAACGAUCUUUGACAACAAACUAAGCGAUCUUUAAGAACAAACUAAACGAUCUUUAACAACAAACUAAACGAUCUUUAUGAACAAACUCACCGAUCUUUAAGAACAAACUAACCGAUCAAUAACAACCAACUAAACGAUCUUUGAAAACAAAUUAAGCGAUCUUUUAGAACCACAAUUUUUAGAUGCCUUGUUUUAAAAAAUAUUUUGCAUUAAUUCCCCCCCCCCCACACCAAUUUUUGCCAAAUUUUCUCCUACCAUACUAAUUUAAAAAAAAAAAUGUAUAGCAUUUUAAAUUAAUUUUAUAUUAAAAUGGUAAAAUCCAGAGUAUUCAUUAGAUCAAGGGUCUCAAACUCAAAACAUCAGGGGGGGGGACCGCAGGAGGUAGUGUCUGAAUGAGAGUGGGCCGCAUCAAGUAAUCCACAAAAAAAAAAUUACAACUGUUACUAAUAACGUCACUUUGGAGAUGGUGUAGGUGGGUCGUCGAGUUUGCACUCAUAAUGCCCCCAGUACUCCCCCACACGGACCAGAGCCUAGGCUCCAAACCGCGUGGAAGCGCACCAGGAACCUCCCUCCUGGUUCUGAGGGACGUCCGGUCGACCGAUAACGCUGCGUUUAAAGUGUCCGCAGUCCACUCUCCUAUGGGUCAAGACGGCUUUACUUCCUCUCCGGGGAGGUGGUGUUGCAUUACCACACCCCACCGCCCAGGGAGCUAUCCGGUCGGGACGUAGCGGGGACGAAACGGUCGCCUAGGGGCGGCUUUCUCAGGGCCGCGUCUUUUUAAUCAUUGGCAAGGGUUUGGGCGGCCACCCAUUGCCUCAUACCCAUCAACGGCAACAGUAAUCAUGUUAGUGCGGGCCUUCCGUUGCGUUGGAAGUCAUGCGAGCUUCGGGAUUUUUUAGCUUUGGGGAGUCACCCCCCCUACUAGUCGUCCACGCCACGAAGAGGCAAAAUCCCAUGUGGCACCACUAUUGGUGGUGUUGCUCCGUGGCCUAGAAGCGUUCGGCCACUUCACCGCAACUGUUACAAUCUGCUCAACCUUUAUAAAUAACAAUAAAAUCAUUAAGGGUUCUCAAGAACUAGGAUUCACUUUCAUCCACCUACUCACUGUUGCAUACAAAAAUAUAUAGAAACAUUUUUAAAAAAAUCAGAAUUAGACUAGUCGGUGAGAUUCGACUGAAACCGUCGCGGAGAGUCACGUUGUAGAAAUGAGAAUGGGGGAAACGGGCCGGCGCAUUUACACUAAACUUUUCUGUCAUGUAGCGGGCCGCAAAAUAUCGUCUUUCGGUCACAAAUGGCUCGCGGGCCGUGAGUUUGAGACCCCUAUAUUAGAUGUUUAUUUUUAAUAUUCACGAUUAUCUCAUUUUUUAUAAAAAGAAUGUAAUUAUUUAUACUUUCCCACCACAUUUUCGAUGUAAGCAGAAUGUAUGCAUUUUCGGUUUCGGCCGAAAUUCCUUUUUAACUUUCGGCAUUUUUUCGGUUUCGGCCGAAAUUCAUUUUUAAACUUUCGGCCUUUUUUCGGUUUCUGCCGAAAUUCAUUUUAAACUUUCGGCCUACUUUUGGCUUCGGCCGAAAUCAGAUAAUCACUUUCGGUCGGUCUCUAGUGUUCAUUGGUGUACAGCUUAACUACGCAUGCUGCUUAUCCAUCAAGAGUUAAUAUUGUUCAUCAUUGGUGUAAAGCUUAACUACUCAAGCUGCGUAUACAUCAAGAGUUAAUAUUGUUCAUCAUUGGUGUAAAGCUUAACUGCACAUACUGCUUAUCCAUCAAGAGUUAAUAGUGUUCAUCAUUGGUAUAAAGCUUAACUCCUUAUACUGCUUAUCCAUUAAGAAAAAGUCUUGCGCUCUUUUGAAGCGUUAGCACAAAAAUUAUGGAACAGUUUGCCUCAAUCUUUGAAGGACAUAGAAAAUGAUUAAAAAAAUCAUUUAAGAAACAUUUAAAUACUUUUUUUAUUUAAAUAGAUUUAAGAACAUCAGAGCGCUGUGGGCAUGCUAAAAUAGCAUGGAUACAAGAGUUAUACAAAUAUUCAAUACCAUUCAAUUCAAGAGUUAAAAUUGUGGAUUGGUAUGGGGCUUAACUGCUCGUACUGCUUAUCCACUAUAAGUUAAUAUUGCAAAUUAGUAUACAGCUUCACCACACAUAAUGCUUAUCCAAUAAGAGUUAAAAUUGUGGAUUGGUAUAAAGCUUAACUGUUCAGACUGCUUAUCCACUAAUAUUGUGAAUUGGAAUACAGUUCCCCUACACAUUCUGCUUAUCCAUUAAGUGUUAAUAUUGUGGAUAGGUAUAAAGCUUAACGGCACAUACUGCUAAUCCAUGAAGAGUUAUUUUGAUCCUUUAUUUUGUUUUAACUGUCGGCUAUUCCAUAGGAUCGCUAGCGGUUCUCAAGCAAAUCAUAGUGCCACCAAUGAAGAGUUUUAAUAUCAACAACGCCGUAAUUACCGCAGAUCAGCGUUCCACUGUGUAGCGCAUUUUCCACCAAAUUCUCAAGAGCGUGGCCUGGAAGAUUUUAAUGAUAUUUACCAAUACCCAUUCCAAGUUUUUUUUUUAUAUUAAGCUUUAUAACUACCUUUACAACUAGUCACGCACGUGUGUCCACUGUAUGGAAUCUUUCAUUCAUGACCUCGGGAGUGCUGGUCAACUUUCAGUUACGCCAGGAGGACUUAGACUAGAAAUAAUGGUAUUAAAAACCAGCGGGCUCCCUCGCACGCGGCAAAAACCUGCAGCAACUUAGCAGCCGCAUGCUGAACGCAUUCUUGCGUUUGUCAAUAAGAAUAUCUCCAUCCGCCACGUGAUCAUAAAAUUGAAUAGGAUUAUUUUUGGGGGUGGUUGGGAUUAGAAAUGGGUCUCGUAUUAAAUAGUCGUAAUAAAACGCAUAAAUAUUCCAGCAAUAUUUUGACUCAUGCGUUAAGAAACGUAAUCGGUGAGCAUAGUUAAAAACAGGUUGAACAAUGAUUCCGAGAGAUAUUUUUUGUUAAAAGUCAGCACUAAAGUAACAUCUUUCUGGAAAUGUAGCCCUCUAAGCGGAUGGGUAAGUCUAAUCAACCUGUAAGUCAGUGUGACUUUGCGUUGCAGAACCACGUAAUCCUGAUCAAAUUCAUCUUACACCAUAGCCAGAAAUGUCCACAAUGCAUCAUCUUGGCUCGCGUGCCUGGCUCCGCAGCAGGGUGCCCAACCUGCAUCCGGUACGACAGUGCACCUUUGUCCUUACACAAACGGCGAACGGGCGUUCUACGAAAGUUGCCGAUGCUUAGUUUGAAACAUGUUCCUCGUAGACUUCUCAGUGGUGAGCGCAGCACACUCUGGAGAACAUGGGGGCAUGAUUCUCAAGCUCGAAACACUUACUGGUCGAUCAGCCUUCAUCUUCGGCUGACACCGUGCACUUCCGUAAAGGCGAAACUUUGUAACAACAUACAGCCUAUAAAUGUAUUGCUUGGAGCCAGUUUUUUUCAAUCUAUCUUUGAAUUGUUAUGAUCAUUUCCAACAACAACAGCAAAAAGAAAAGAAACACAGUCCCCCCCUUCAUUAACACUUAAGUACGGGCGAAAAUAAUAGUCAGUUUUUAAUAAUUUUGCUGUACCGACAGACUGAUUUGUAGCAAAAACUUCGCAACAUAUCUUCGCUGCUCCUACCAUGACAACUUGGUGGCCGGGGCUAUGAGCCGUGUGGUAUAUUGUUCUUCCGUUGAGGAUCGACGAGGACCAUCAAGUCGUCUGGUGACUGAUGACUUGCGCGGGUGACUUUGUUUAGAGUGAAGAAGAAUUGCACGGCGUCUACCUCACUCUCUCGUCCGAGCCCACCAUAUCCAGUGGCAAGACUCUACGUCAAGACGACCAGGGAUGGGUUGCAGGAAUUGUCAUUGUUUGCGCCUUACGGGACUCCAACUCCGGUUUUGAAUUCAGAGUUUCCUUCUCUUAGAUGAGUUGCCGACCAAGGUUAACGAAUCUCAUCCACCCGGGGUGAUGUUUUUGCUUGACUGGGUGGCCAAAUGGUCUAAACUGAGCAAACCUCAAGUUGGUGGUCUGGUUUUCAAGUCCAGCCAAAGGCCAGUCAAGCGAGCCGUGUGGUAAUGCACGACCCACACACAAAUUCAGUUCUUUUGGCGCAUACUGAUUGGCCGUUUCGUUAUUUCUGAUUAAGUGCACUUUUAGUUAUGUUGCAUUGUCAUCUUGUUCUGAAAAAAACUUAGUAAUUUAGUUAUAUGUGGGCAAUCACAUGAUAGUUGACAUAUGCCUCGGGCGUCCGUGCAAUCGUGGCGUUGCUAUGAUUUUUAUGAAGCUGUAUCACCCGAUAUCAUGUCCGUUUGGUGCUUACUAAAAUUUUGGAUUGCAAAAAAAAUAAGAACAAGUACUUAAUUCAUUCAAAUCCUUAAAAACUAAAAAAAAAAUGUAUAUAUUUGAUUUAUUUUGAGUACUCAUAUUAUCAAAUGUUGUUUAACUAUGAUGAGUAUUUUUUUAAAGAGUAACCUUCAAUUCACUCUUUGAUUUUUUCAAUUUUUCAGUGUGUCUUAAAAAUGAUAUAAUAAGAAAAAGAUUUCUUUUUUAAAUUAUGAAUAUAAAAUUCUUAUUGAUCUUAUUUUGUUAUUAUUUCAUUUUUUUUUUUUUUUUUUUUUUUUUUUUUUUUUUUUUUUUUUUUUUUUUUUUUUUUUUGUUUUACAAACAGCAGCCAAAAUAUUUUAACAUAGCUUUAAAAAAAAACGAAAACGAAUAAUAAUCUUUUUAAAAAAAAUCCUUUUAUUAACUUUUCUUUUGAUCGUGUGUUUCUUCUUUGAUUGGGUUUGCAAUAUCUUAGAACAGCUAAUUGUCCCACUUCUCGUCAACAUAUCGAGAUAAAACUUAGCGCACAGACUCGUUGAUAAUGACAACACUUUCGAUCAAAUGUGUAGCCCCAACCCCCAGAAAUCAGUUGUUGUUUUUUUCGUCAAAGGGAAGAUGAAGAAAAUAGGAUGACCCUGAUUUCACGAGAAAAAAAAUUCCCGAUCACAGCUUUGAGUGAGAAAAACAAAAGAAAAUAUCGCGCACCAAAUGCACUGCGUUAUUUUAUUUCCUUCUUAAAUAGUUGAUAGUUUUUAUAAUGUAAAACAAACUAGUUUUAAAAAGGCAUUUAACUGAUUUAUACAAAAAAUCUUUCAUCCUCUAAUCAGAUACCUGAGCCUGUCCAAUAAGCAGUCGGAUCACCUUAUCACAGUGAGGGUGUCAUCCUUUAAAGAGGCCGAAAGCCAUUAGUCGAAGGUAAACGUCUUCUGCAGAUUGGACAAGAAAAACAAUUUUAUUAUAAUAAAACUAUGCUUGUGAA